CUUCGGAGGGUGAGAAAACAAUGAAAGAAUAUCAGUUUAAAGAAUAUCGUGAUUUCACCACUGAGGCUGUCGAAGAUUCAUUCGAACACACACGUAUAAUAUUGCACGCAAACAGAGUUGAAUAAUGAAACGUGGCGCGAAUCACUCGAGUGAUAUUUUGGAGCUUCGAAGCGCGAGUAAAAAUCUCGACAACAACAACGAGACGAGUAAUAAGAACAACAACAGCAUAAACAAUAACUACGAGGAGAGCAGCGGCUGCUUAACUGGGGCGAAGAACGGUUGUUCGUUAAACGUAGCCAGCCUCGCAUCCGGUCCCCAAGAAGUUGUGAUGAAGGAAAAAAGCAAAAACGCGGCGCGGUCUCGUCGCGAGAAGGAAAACCAGGAAUUCUUUGAACUCGCAAAGCUCCUUCCACUCCCCGCCGCCAUAACCUCUCAGCUCGACAAGGCCAGCAUCAUCAGACUCACGACGAGCUACCUCAAAAUGAGGCACGUCUUUCCCGACGGUCUCGGAGACGCUUGGGGCGCGGUUCCACCAGCAACGAAUCCACGGGAAGCUGCAAUCAAGGAACUCGGAUCGCAUUUAUUGCAAACGCUGGACGGUUUUAUAUUCGUCGUUGCACCGGACGGAAAAAUAAUGUACAUCAGCGAGACGGCUAGCGUGCAUUUAGGAUUAUCCCAGGUGGAACUGACAGGUAACAGUAUAUACGAGUACAUUUUCCCGGCGGAUCACCAAGAGAUGGAAGCAGUUCUGAGUCUUACUCACCUAGCAACGUCUCCAAACGGACUGAGCAAUCUGCCACCGCCAAAUCCGCGAGGCGACAUCGAGUUGGAGCGGGCAUUUUUCAUCAGGAUGAAGUGUGUCCUCGCGAAAAGGAACGCCGGUCUCACAACCCACGGUUUCAAGGUGAUCCACUGUUCCGGUUAUCUAAAGGUGAAACAGUUCAGCUUGAGCGGAGCUGCCGGCACGGAAUACGAAGAAGCUGGUAUUCAAAACGUGGGAUUGGUAGCCGUGGGUCACUCUCUACCCCCGAGUUCGGUGACGGAAAUAAAGCUCCAUCACAACAUGUUCAUGUUUCGAGCCUCCCUCGACCUGAGGCUCAUUUUUCUCGACGCAAGGGUUGCUCAGUUGACUGGUUACGAGCCUCAGGAUUUGAUUGAAAAAACUCUCUACCAGUACGUCCACGGAUGUGACGUCAUGCAGAUGAGAUAUUCUCAUCAAAUACUUUUGUACAGGGGUCAAGUAACGACGAGGUACUACAGAUUCUUGACAAGAUCCGGAGGCUGGGUUUGGAUGCAGAGCUACGUAACCAUCGUCCACAACUCAAGAAGCUCAAGACCACACUGCAUAGUCUCGGUUAACUACGUCCUCUCGGAUCAGGAGGCUUCGGAUCUGGUCCUAAACUCGGAACAGAAGCUCUCCGCCGGGACGUCUUCCUGUCCCCCAGUGACGACUGUUUUGCCAGGUUCGCUGUCCACGGCCACGACGGUCAUGCCAGGUGCGCUAUCCUCUGCGACGACAGUCUUACCCGGCACACCGACCUCGGCACCGGCUUCCGCUGGAGCGGCUUCAGGCGCCGAUAUCGACCUCGAGCAGAGUCCAAGCCCGCCAUAUCGCACCGGAAGAGUUAACGAGCCACCCGAUACCGAUUAUGGCGACAGUUCCGGCUACUCCGGGGCCGAGUUUGUCCCAGGACAAGCAGCCGGCCACGCUCAUUACCUCACGACGGCUUACGGGCCUCAAGGGAACAACGGCGCCAAUAAUCAAGUCGAGGGAUCGUACUAUCCAACGGAAUUGUUCUACCAGUAUGGAGGAAUGCAUCACGAAGUGAUGCCAUCAAUGCAGCAGCAACAGCAGCAGCAUCAACAGCAGCAAUCACAGGCUCACUCGCACCUGGUGCAUCACACAGUGCCAUCAACGAUCCAGCAACAGCAGCACAGCCCUCAACAAAACCAUCAACACCAAUCCCAACAACAACAACAGCAGCAACAACAAAGGCCAUUUUCAGCAUCAUCAAGCUCCUGCGGUAGUUCGGACGCCUCCGACGGUCACUUGCCGAGUCCAUUGGGUCUCCACUCACUUCCGACUGGCUACCCAGGCCAACACCACCUCCUCGAUUCCUCUUCUUCGUCGGCCAGCCUCGGUGACGGUAACGUCAUGUUCCCGAGCUGCGGUUUUAACAACAACAACAACAGCUACGCAACGGCGACGACGACGACGAGCCUAGCGCACCAGGACACCUCCUAUCCAGUCCACUCUGCCCAUCACAACCCCCGACAGGCCCACCCCCACCCUCACCCCCAGCCCCAUCACCACCCCCAUCACCACCAUCAUCACCACCAUCACCACUCCCUCGAGCACCUCGACGCUCCAGCUGGGUACACCAGCGUCAUAGUCGACACUCAGCAGUACAGUCCUGGGCAGUCGAUCCACAGCGUUUCGACGACAAGCGGGACUCCACCGUUGACUUCUCAUCAGCAUCACCACGAGGUUCACCACCAGUUUGUUCACUGACGUUCACUCCAAGGCCCGACUUAGCGAGCCGUAAUUCCUCCUCGGUCCGGGACUCCGGAACCUUGACGAUGAUCACGAUCAUUGGAUCAAAUGGCUGCAGGUGUCGAUCAUCCUGUUAGUUGAGACGAGCCCCAAGGCAGCUCGUGCUGGUCGCGAGUUUUCGCGGUAUUUUUUAUAUACACGCGUGCAUGUUACGUGUUUCAUUAUUAUUUUAUUUUAUCUCUCUGCCUUCCUCGAGAAGAGUCCUCAACGAUGUCGCGAUAUUAACCAAUUAAACAAUGUAAAAAACUAACAUACGUAUCGUGUCUCGCAAAUUAUCGCUGUGCGUGUAAAUAUGGUAUACAUUAUAUACACAUAUAUAUAGACAAUGCGAUGAGGUGUUAGGUACCUAGAUAUUAUAAAUAGAAAAUUAAUAUUAAACAAAGUCGAAACGAGUAUCUGGUCGCCGUUAUGGCCGUAGGUUAUACUAUACUUCAAUACAGACCUGUAGGGUUGAUUUCAGAAUACUGAUAACAGCUUAUUGUAAAUAUUAUACAUAUAUAC